AUGGGCAAGCGCAAGUCUUCCUCUAAACCCCAAGGGCCCCGAAAGCGGGAACCCCUUUCAACCACUUUCGCCUGUCUUUUUUGCAACCACGAGAACUCGGUCAUCGUCAAGCUAGACAAGAAACUCGGUCUCGGCGAUCUGUCCUGCAAAGUUUGUGGCCAGAAGUUCCAGACUGGCAUCAAUUAUCUUUCCGCCGCCGUCGAUGUCUAUUCGGACUGGGUGGACGCGUGUGACGCGGUUGCCAAGGACACCGCGAACCAGUAUGACGGGGCAGUCAGCUCACAGGUAACAAGUCGCAAAACCGGCCCUUCAGCAGAUGUGGUACCUGGAGAUGGCUUCGAGGAAGAUGACUAUUGA